AUGAGCCAUCGUCGUCGCAGCAGGUUCACGGCCAGCAGUGUCACCAGCGACGGCAAUGGCGACGAUCAAGGACACAGCCUGCGCCUCAGCGUGGAAGAACACGAGAGGCGGCGAUCUGCGCUGGAGGGUGCUGUCAUCAACGUGUUUGAGCCCAUGGUUGACGAUCCGAACGACAACGAUGGCGUGGAUGGCCUGAUCGGGGCCGAGGGCGAGGUGGAGGAACUGGAGGAUCCUUUCAGCGACAGUGACGACGCCGACGCCGAUGCUGAUCGGCAAGGUGCCCAGAGCGAGCUGGAGGCUGACAGCAGCGAUGCCGCAACCAACUUGGCCAACAUGACAACAGCAACAGCAACAACAACAACAACAACAGCAGCAACAACAACAACAACAACAGCAACAACAACAACAACAACAACAACAACAACAACAACAACAACAACAACAACAACACAGACAGUGACGCAUUCCACACCGCUGACGAGCAUGACAGCGAUGGCCACGACGCGGCGGAGCACCCACAUCGAUCAAGGCGCGGCUGUCCAUGAAGCACACGACAGCCACGACCUGCGUCAGGUGCGCCAGGUCCUCGCUCAACACUUGCAUGGUGACGAUCGCCACACAGCAAGCUCGGGAGAUGAUGCCGAUUCUGACAGAGACAGCGCCGACGCGUCUUCAACGCACAACGCGUCGCCGUUGUCAUCGCCACCAUCGUCAUCCACAUCAUCAUCAUCAUCGUCGUCGUCAGCGUCAUCUGCAUCGUCGUCUAUUUCCAGUGGUGACGAAGACGCGUCUGGCCCUUCGACCAGCGCAAACGGACAGCUGACCACGGCGUUUGACAUUGACAUGAGCUUUGAGGUGUACGAUGGCAGCCGUCGCCCGCACGAGGACUGGGGCAUUGAGCUGAUUGAGCCGCCUCACAGCCAUGGCACACGCUCCUCGCUAACAACUCCAGCGGUGACAGCAGCAGCGACCGGCAUGGGCGGACCUGGUGUGUCCCGCCACCACCACCACCACCAUCAUCAUCACCGUCAUCAUCAUCAUAAUAAUCAUCAUCAUCACCACCAUCCACCGCACGAGCACGUCCACCCGCCCUCGUCUUCAUCUGCCCACGCGCCCGCGCUUGCUGCUGCGAUGAUGCGGGUGAUUAGCGAGGAGGAGGAGCAGGCCGUGCAGGCCAACGCGUACACGUGGCUGCGGGCGCCUGCAGACACACGCUCCGCGGUGAUUGAGGCGCGUCGUGAGGAACUCCUGUCCUCGGAUCUUCUUGCAGCGUCACCGCGGCUGCAACAGGAGUGGACAGACCUGCUUCGGUUCCGUGACCGCCUGCUUCGGGAGGCCGCAGAGGCAGCGAGCGAGCCACGCCAGCCCCAUGACGACCAGCGCUCGUGUGUCGAGUGUCGCCGGCACGGCCGCCACACGUCCUUCCACCCGUUUCGCCCGCGCGUGGAGUGCGCCAACUGUGGCAGCUCCGUGUGCGGCGCGUGCAGCAGCAACCGCCUCCUCCUCCCUGCGGGCACUGGUGGUCGGAGCAAGGCGCGCGUGUGCCAGUCGUGCUACCGCCGCAUAACGACAGCCAAGCGCGCUGGCAUCUGCGUGCGCAUUGUGCAGCGGCAGGGGGAGGAGCGCGUGUUCUGGCUGGUGGAGCUCCCCGUCUCCUUGUGGCAGAUGCGAACGGUCACAGAGCUUCACCUGUCCAACACCCAGCUGCGACAGCUGCCGCCACAGGUGGGCAUGAUGGAGCACCUGGAGGUCCUCAACCUCGCCGACAACUUCCUCUCUGAGUUGCCUGCAAGCAUCGGCGUCGUGCGUGCGCUGCGGGAGCUGGACAUAAGCGGCAACUUCCUGCGCGACCUGCCCAGCAGCUGCGGCGAGCUGACGGCGCUCCAGACCGUUAGCUUUGCAACGAAUCAGCUCAAACAAUUGCCGGCGUGGCUGGCGCGGCUGACGGCGCUGCACACGCUCGACAUCUCCAACAACCCGGACAUUGACGGCUCAUCGCACCGCCAUCUGGGGGAGUGCGGCGGGCUCACGUGCCUUCGAGCACGCAACACCAACCUGAAGAUUGUGCCGGCUGCGCUGUGGCACCUGGCGAAGCUCGAGCACCUCGACCUGUCGUGCAAUGUCAUCACCAAGGUGCCCAUGGCCAUCUGCUGCCUGCACAGCCUGCGCAGCCUGGACCUCUCCCACAACUACAUCCACGUGCUGCCGGAGAGCGUGAUGCAUCUCGAGAACCUCGAGGUGCUUCGGCUCGGCUGGAACAGGGGCCUGCUCAUCCCCGAUGCGCUCGGCGCAAUGUGGCAGCUGCGUGAGCUCACCCUCAACCACUGCGACCUGGACACGGUGCCGCCCACGCUGGGGUCGCUGCGGGCGCUGUCACGGCUGGACCUGCGGUGUAACCGCCUGCAAGUGAUACCGCCGGCGCUGCAACAGCUGGCGCAGCUGACGUCGCUUCGCACAGAGGGGAACCCGGGCUGCCCUGUAAGGACGCGCGGGAAGGAGAAGGAUGGGACGAGGAGCAGAAAGAAGAAAAAGACAAAGGCGAAGAAGAAGCAAAAGAAGAAGAAGGGGAACGAGGGGAGCGAGGGGAACGAGGGGAACGAGGGGAGGAACAAGAAGGUGGAAGGGGAGGGAGAAAAGCAGGUAGAAGAGCAGAAGAAGAGGAAGGGAGAGAAGGAGGGUUUGCGUGUGAAUGUGAGGCGGGAUGGAGGCCGCGGGGGUGCGGGCGAGCCCAGUCGUGCUGUCGACCGUGACAGUGAACAUGGUGCGAGAAGCAAGCAGAAACACAAGAAGCGGGAUAAGAAGAGCAAGAGGAAGAAGAAGAGGACGAAGAAACACGGGCAUCAGAACCCGCAGCACCACAAGCAGCACGGCCACAAGACAUCCAGCAACGACAGCCACCAACACGUGCACCACCAGCACCGCUAUCAUAUGCAUGAGCAUGGCAGCAAGUAUCACGUGCACGUGCAAGACGUUGAUGUUCACGAUGAUGAUGGCGACAGCAGCAGCGGUGUUGGUGCCGGUGUUGGUGUUGGCGGCACUGGGGGUGGUUUUAGUGAAAGCGGUGGUCGUGUGGGCGAUGAGCCAGAGACGGUUGGAAACACAAUGGCGCUGCUGAAGGAGUUUUCAGGCACCCCGACGUCACCCCACUCGCACUCGCCACGCAGCCGCUCGCGUGCACACACCCCGCGCGGCAGCGGCCUGUUUGGAAAGGAGGAUGGUGCUGCUACAACACGCGACGGAGGAAACGGCGGUGAUGGCGAUGGCAAUGGACACGCACCAGACUCACAACAACAACAGCAGCAGCAGCAGCAGCAAGCACUGCAGCCCUUGCAGGUGGUGCUGUGGCAGGCGUCACCCGACCUUGAUCUGCGCUGGCUGUGUGACAAGCUGACUGGUCCCGUGUACCUUCCCGCCGUGCGAGAGAACCUGCCCCACCUGUCCACCAUGAUCCCAACAGUGUACACCGCAGACACGCACAUGCAGCAGCAGCGCACGGCAGCACAAGCAGCCACGCUUGCUGCCCAGGACGCGUACAAGAGCAAGUCAUCGCUUCUCUUUGACACGGACAUUGCCACCGUCGACCCAUCAGCGAUCCCGCUCGUGGCCAACACAGACUUGACCGUGCCAGCAGGGCUGUCGUCUUCUUCAAGCGUUGACGACGACUCAUGGCCAGACAACGUUCGCUUGUCCGUGCUGCACCACCGCGGCCCCCUCAGAGACGGCGUGCUGCAGCAGCUGUGUCAUGCACAGCGGGCGGUGCCACGGGUGCACCUGCUGUGCAUCGACCUGUCAUUGGACCACGACGACCUCAUCAUCCGCGACACGCAGGAGAUGCUGGGGGAGCUCGCCAGCUGCUUCCCUGGUGACCGCAUACAGAUGGUCGGCGUCAAGCACAUACACAUGCGCGACCACACGGCCGCUGCAAAGCAGGUGGUUGCGUGGGACGCAGCGCAGUCGUUGCUGUAUGCACGUCGCCGCGCCAUUACCAACGAGUGCGGUAACCUGCCACUCUCCCUCACGCAGCACCCCGGGUUUAUUUCUCGCCGCGCUGCCCGCAAGUUUGGCCUGUACCCGUCACUGCACACGCGACCACAGCCCCAGGCAGCGGUUGUGGGUGCGGAGUCAUCGACCGCGUCUGUGAUGCCGACACACAUGCAGCACACGGCGAGCGCGCGGUUGCAGUUCUGGGAGGAGCAGCAUGUUGACAUUGGCCGAACGUGCAUGGUCGUGUCCAAGCGUGAUUGCAGUCAGCUGUGGUCAUUUCUUCGCCAGCAAGCCCACGCCAUCGCGAGGCAAGCCAGCGCCACCAGCUCACAGGUGCAUCCGCAACAACAGGUGCAGCCUGCUGGGGACGUGCACGCGUCGCCGUCGCCAGAGUGUUUGCGAAUGGGGCAGCACCUGCAGCUGCUGUUCAACCAGGGUGUCAUCACACGCAGUGUCUCAGACCUCCUCCUCUCCCUCAGACUCCAGCACUGGAACCCCACCAGGUUCCCCGUGAGCGCAUUAGCAUCGCCACGACUGCGCAUGCGACGCCGUGACAAUGCAUUACGCCUCACUAAGUCUGCUGCCACAACACCUCGACACCACCGCUCCCCUCGCAGCGCCACGCCCGUCAACCGCGCAGCCAGCAGCAAGCACAUCAGCGCAGCCGACAUCGCCUCCCCACCGGAGCUUGCACAUGACCACCACCACCAUGAUCACCACUAUCAUCACCACCAUCAUCAUCACCACUCCACGGCGAUUGGGCGGUUGUCGGAGGCGCUGCGUGCGCAUUUGUCGCGGAAAAGCGAACCUGCUCUCACUGUACGGCCCGCUCGCAGCAAGACUGAGCUGCACACCAGCAGCACCACGUCGCAGACCACCGCCCAAGACCUCGACCUCCCCACGCUGCUGGAUGUCGCAUGCCGUGCCAGUGGUGUCUCCACGUUCCUCGGGCACACGGCGACGGAUGUGCUGUUUGUGAACCCGCGCGUGCUUGGGCAUGCCGUGGGCGCACUGACGCACUUCCACGUGGACUGGAUCAAGCACGUGACGCGGGCGACGCUGCCAGCGCACCUCCGCAGUCGCACCAAGGCCAUCCGCGCAGGGCUUGAGCGCUACUGUGCGACUGGGGAGCUGCUCCCUGCCGACAUGACGGGCGCCUUCGUCGCGUACCGCCAGCACUGGCUGCAGGAGGUUGAUGCCAUUGAGCACCCAACACGCCGUCUGCAGCAGCUGCGCAUCACGCGUGACCACAUCCUGCACACGCUCGUCACACUCGAGGUCCAGCACAUUGUGCAGGCGCUGUUUGAGCUGCAGCUGUGCUGUCAUGUGCCCGGCAGUUCUGCCAACGCCACCAGCUCCUCGGGCGGUGUUGGGGGUGCGUCAACAUCAUUCACAUCGCCCACGGCGCCGCCACCGACCGGCCCGCUCUCCGCCGUCUCAUCCAUGUCGUCCAUGCUGCUUGGUGGCAGCCGCUGCAGCCAGGACGCAGGCGCGUCCAGUACCGAUCACACCAACAACAACGGCAGCAACAACAACAACGGCACUGAUGAUGGCAGGCGAGGUACUUCGGUGGAUGACGUGGGAAUGGCGAAAAGCACCAGCAGCAGAAACAGCAGCGGCAGUGUGGCGAUGACGGCGUCUGCCCUGGCGCUGAGCACAAGUACAGCAGCAAAGCGGGGCAGCGCGCCCACCGUGAGUGUUGGUGUUGGCGUGGACGGCAGGAGUGGCGGCAACUCCCCCUCCGAUGGCAAUUGCAGCCACUACACCAGCCGGACACAGCAGGCACCUUGCCUGCAAGCAGCGGACCACCAGCGAAACGUCAACACGCACACGAGCAAGGUGCCGAUUCUCUUUCUCCCGCGGCGCCCGAUAUCGCCCUCUGCUGCGGCGACGCAGGUGUUUGAGAAAGCCAUGGCGCCGCCACAGUCCUCCCGCGUUGGCGCAACCCUCGCUGCACAUUUUGGUGCAUUCAUGGACAAGAGCGACAAGACAACAACGACAGCAACUGCUGCAAGCAAGGAUGGCGACGCAGCAGCGAGCAGCGGCAACGCGAACAGCAGCGAUGGUGCGAGAGCGAGGGCUGGUAGCGGUGCUGGGCGCACACGAUUGAAACGGUCAAGCACGGGCGGCACGAGCGCGCACACAUGUCGUGCUGGCCGUGUUGUUCGCAUGAACCACAUGCCCACCUCGCUGCUCGCCAGCUUGGCCUGCAUGUGUUCCACGCGCUAUGCGAGCAUGCACGUGUGGGAGCGCGGGUUGCUGCUGUCUCCCGUGAGCGAACGCGGCAGCACGCGCUCCGUUGUUCUCGUCUCGUGUGCAUAUGACCCGGACACGUACCCGCACAUGCCGUUUGUCAUGUCCUUCCUCGCCGUGAACAACAACAAGGACAUGCUCGGCGCGACCAACGCGCUCGUGGCUGCGCAGCUGCCCGCCGUUGCGUCGCUUGAGCACCUGCUGGUGACCGAUUUUCCGGGCGUGAUCUGGACGGCGGAGGCAUGUUGCCCAAACUGCCUGCUGGAGGAGGAUUUGUCCUCUUUGGAGGUGGCCGCUGCGAGAGGGCUGCAUGCGCAGUUCCCGCUCAGCUCGCUCACCAACGUGGCGUACGUGGACUGCCCGGCAUGUGGUACGUCUGCUUCCACGCCACCGCUCCUGCUCAACUUUAUGGUGCUGGACGAGCACAGCCCUGCCCAGCGCUAUCGCCUGAAUGCCGUGCAGAACCUCAUUGCUGGUCUGGGGCGCAUCGUCGUGCAGCCGUACAAGGGCGUCAGCCAACACUCACCCGAUGGCGGCGAGGACGAAGACUGGCAAGUGCUUGAUGUGCCAAAGACAGCACCGUUACCGCUGAAAUCGCCCGUCAAUGCCAUCUUCGAUGGAGAGUUUCCGCCCGCCAGCAGCGAGGAGGCCGACAACGAUACGCACGCGUGAACAAACUAUGGCUGUUGCACCAACGUUGUGUGUGUGUGUGUGUGUAUGUGUGCGCCAGUGCCCUGUUUCCAGCGUAUUCACGCACUCGCGAGAUGUAGCUGUUGUCGUGUGUUGGACAUAGUGUCGUGGUGACACGAUAAAGGAACUAUGAAGCGA